AUGCUCUCCACCAUCGCAUUGUUCGGCGUACUCGUCGGCCUGGCCGCGCAGGCAAAGUACGUCACGAUCCACCCCGAGGGCAAGACCGCAUUCGAGGCGGCCAAGUGGUGCCUCGACAUCAACGGCACCGAGCCCGCCGAGGGCGUCGCCGUGCACCUCUGGGAGUGCAACGGUAACAUGACGCAGGUGUGGAACAUUAACGACAACGCCACCUUUGUCCGCCUCGGCAACACGUCCUUCUGUGCUGCUCACGGUAACGAGAGCCAGCAGCUGCAUCUCGAGACCUGCCGCGGGCGGGGCUGGAAGUCGAUCGGAUGGUUCGACAACUUUGACGGCACGUACCGCUCCCCUAACAGCACCAUGUACCCCGAACUCUGCGUCGACCUCCGCGACGGUAACUACACCAACGGCACGGCUAUCCAGGGCUGGAAGUGCUACUCCAACAACACGAACCAGCAAUGGGUCACUAGCAUUGCCCCCGGAUGCGCAGUCAUGCCCGGACCUCUCAGCAACCAGACCUCGACCAAUGGCACCACUGGCACCAACAGCACUGGUGGUACCGGUGGCGGUACCGGCAACACCGGCGAGCAGGGCGGCAACACAGGCCAGCAGGGCGGCCAAGGCCAGGGCCAGAACCAGGGCCAGGGCGGCGACAACAACGGCGGCGGCGGCGCGGUCGUCGGCGGCGGUGGCAACACCGGCAACACAGGUCAGCAGGGCAGCGCUACUCCCUCCGCUUCGGCCCCUCCGCAGUCCGUCCAGUCCGCCCAGUCCGCUCAGUCCAGUAUCCAGGGCCAGGCGUCCUCCGCCAUGUCCUCCGCUUCGCAGUCUGUCUCCGCCGUCCAGUCCUCUCAGUCCAGCAUUGCGGGCGAGGCUUCGUCUGUCAUGUCCUCGGCAUCUUCGCAGAUGGGUGGCGCCCAGUCCUCCGUCUCUUCGGCACAGGCUAGCCCCACCGCCGGCGGCGGCGCUGUUGGCGGUAACACUGGCGGCCAGCAGCAGCAGCCUUCGCCUACCCCGUCGCAGCAGCCUCAGCAGAGCCAGGAGCAGCAACAGUCCCAGCAACCCCAGCCCACGUCCCAGGAGCAGCCCCAGUCUCAGCAACCUCAGCCCACGUCCCAGGAGCAGCAGCAGUCCCAGCAGCCUCAGCCCACGUCUCAGGAGCAGCAACAAUCUCAGCAGCCCCAGCCCACUAGCCAGCAGCAGCAGCAGCAGUCGCAGCAGCCUCAGCAGUCCCCGACACCGGCCCAGUCCCAGCAGCCUCAGCAGUCUCAGAACUCUGGCCAGAACAACAACAACCAGGGCGGAGGCGGCAACGAGGACGGCGUCCGCGAGAUCACCCUUACGUCCGUGAUCAGGAUCACCGACGCGAUCAAGUCUGCCGCCGCCAAGGCGACGGGCGGUAACUGA